CAUGGUUUGUUCAUUUCUGCAGGACUGUCACCAAGUCAGAGUAAAGAUGUGGAUCAGUCUCCAGUCAAUCUGCUGGGGGGGGUAAACGAUACAGUCAACCUGACCUGCAAGCACAGCAUCAAAAACUACGACACCGUCCUGUGGUAUCAUCGCUCACAAGGAGACUCUUCUUUAAAACUUGUCGGUUUGACAAGUUAUAAAUCAGUUCACAUGGUGGAGAAUCCCUAUCAGGGUAGCUUUAAAGUGAGUGGAAACGGUGAGCGCGAGGCGUUCCUUCAUUUCCUCAAACUGAGGCAUCCCGAGGACAGCGGGCAUUAUUUCUGUGCAGCAUACAGUCGCACAACAAUAGAAAACCCCAAAUUCCCCUACAAAAACCCUCGUGUCACCCUGUACACCUGGGGCAAACCACAUCAAACGUUCUCCCCGGCUCAAUUUGGAGCUGGAACUAAGCUGACCGUCUUAGACCCAAACCGUACUAUCACCCCGCCAACAGUGAAAGUGCUUCCACUUCCGCCAAACGAGUGUCAAAUUAACAAAGAUAAGAAACCCGAGAAACCCAAGAAGACGUUGGUGUGUGUGGCGUCCCGUUUCUACCCGGACCACGUGACUGUGUUCUGGCAGAUUGACGGGGUUGAUGUCACCGAUGGCGUGGCGACCGACGAUGCCGCUCGGUGGGGAGGGGAACACUACAGCAUCAGCAGCAGGUUGAUGGUCCCGCUCAGGGAUUGGUUCACACCAGGCAAGACGUUCACCUGCACCGUCAGCUUCUUCAACGGGAACGAUACUGUGCCCCGGUCCGAUUGGGUCCAAGGACCCGGAGCUGCACCGAUAAGAGAGAAGUAUUUGAGGAUCACGCAAACCGCCAAGCUGUUCUACGCCAUUUUGAUCUCCAAGAGCAGCGUCUUCGGAGUCUUUGUUGUGGUUCUGGUGUGGAGGCUUCAGGGCUCCUCUGGGAAACAAAGGACUGAGGGCUGAGCUGCACAAACCAGCUGAUUCUCCUGAUGUCCACGGAUAAAGAAUCUGGAAUCUUAAAUACUCAGUCACUGUUCACAUCCGGCCCAAAUUAAAGCAACUCGCUUGACUUAAGAGCCUCCGACAUCCAAACAGCAGAGGUGGAAAGUAACUAAUUACAUUUACUCCCAUUACUUUUUAAAGCAGUUAUAUUUGAACUGUAGGGGAGAGCCGGGACAGUUGAAACACUUUUUAAUUAAAGAUAAUUUACAAAGCGGUGCUAUCACACUGAAAGCUAAGAUUUAGUCACUAUAGCAACCUACACGUGUCAUCUGUCAAAUACAGCUGCAUUUUCAGCC